AGUUUUAUUCUUUGACGUUUGAAAAUGUUUUAGACGGCUAUUAGACAACUUUUAAUCCAGGAAAACUUUGUUAUGGGUCAAACGAAUUAAGCAAUGGCCAACUUAAAGACAGGUCAAAAUUUAAGGAAAAAAGUGCAGGUAUCGAUGGUUGUAUGUGAUCCUGAAGAGAAAAAACAUCGAUCCGGCGUCAAUGCUUUGCAGUUCGAUCCACAGCUGGAUCGGCUAUAUUCAGCCGGACGAGAUUCUAUUAUUCGAGUUCAUGAACACGAGAAGUUUCUCCACGGAAUGGAACAUCACACGGAUUGGGUUAAUGAUAUCGUCCUCUGCUGUGGCGGAAGGCAUUUGAUAUCGGCCAGUUCGGAUACCACCGUUAAGGUGUGGAACGCUUAUAAGGGGUUUUGUAUGUCCACCUUGAGGACGCAUAAGGAUUACGUGAAGGCGUUAGCGUACGCGAAAGAUAAAGAACAAGUGGCGUCUGCGGGGUUCGAUAAGUCUAUCUAUUUAUGGGAUAUUAAUACCUUAACCGCUUUAACCGCCAGCAAUAACACAGUUACCACCUCUAGCUUAAUCGGAAGCAAAGAAUCCAUCUACAGUUUGGCCAUGAACCCGCCCGGUAGCAUUAUAGCCAGCGGAUCGACGGAGAAAGUUUUGAGGCUGUGGGACCCGAGGACUUGCGUAAAGUCGUGCAAGCUCAAAGGUCACUCUGCAACCGUCAAGGCAUUGGUUGUGUCAAAAGACGGUACGCAGUGUAUAUCCGGAAGCAGCGACGGGUCGAUAAAAGUGUGGAAUAUAGGGCAACAAAGGUGUACCCAAACGAUCAUGGUGCACAGUGAUUCCGUGUGGGCAUUGCUUGCUACCGAGAAUUUCGCGUACAUUAUCUCCGGGGGCAGAGAUCAAAAGGUGAUAAUGACAGAGCUAAAGAACACUCAGAACACCAAGUUGGUAUGUACCGAGGACGCACCAAUUUUGAAAAUGUGUUUCACCGCGGACCAAACGGCAGUUUGGGUUUCCACUUCGAAUUCGAAUAUCAGAUGUUGGAGGUUGCCGAACGAAAAACAAAUGAAAGAUUCGUUGCCGAUGCCCAUUCAACCGAUUUAUUUAAUUCCAGGGGACGCGUCCAUAGUUAGGGCCCACGUCUUAAACGAUAAACGCCACGUUCUGACUGAAGACUCUAACAAAAACGUUUCCGUCUAUGACGUUUUGAGGGCGCGCAAAGUGGACGAUUUGGGCAAAGUGAACUACCAAAACGAGAUAAAGGCGAGGGAAAGCGAAAAACUAGUGUACGUCCCUAACUGGUUCAAUGUGGAUUUGAAAACCGGGAUGCUCACCAUACACCUGGGCCAGGAAGAAGUCGACUGUUUUUCGGCCUGGGUUUCGGCCAAAGACGCCGGAAUUAGAGAUCAUCCCGAGCCCGAUCACAAAGUGAAUUACGGAAAGUUACUGUUGCAAGCGUUGUUCGAGCAUUGGAGAGGCGUCCAGACCGAUCCGGACAACAAACUGUAUUUCAGCGUCCCCAAACACAUACCUCUGAUAUUAAGUGAAGUGGGCGGCAGGACCCUAUACCGCGUACUGGUCGGAGACACCUCGGGUGAAACCGAGAACGCCCUUUUAAACGAGACGGUGCCCAAUUGGGUGGUCUCGAACAUAGAAGAGAAUUGCACCAAUAAAUUCACCAAACUGCAGUUCUAUUUGAAACCGCAUUCGACCGUCCCGUCUCACUUGCUAAAGCAAGAUCGACUUAAAAAACCGGACAGGUUGGUUGCGAACGACUUUAUCCAGUGUAGGAAAGUGGCGGAGCACAUUUUGGACAAAAUAUUGGGGGAGGGGUCGGCGACGUCGCCCAACGGCGAUGGUGACGUUCAGGCGGCUUCGAACAACGGCUAUACUGUAGACCAGAUUCAGUUAACUUGCGACGAUCAGGUUGUGGACCAUUCGAUGGAUCUCAGAACUGUCAAGCACUAUUUGUGGAAGUUCCCUUCGGAUCUCGUUUUGUAUUAUAAAAUUUUGAAUACCAAUAAGUAGUGAUGUUUUUAGAUCUUUGUUACGUCGUGGUUGAGAAA